UAAAUAACAUAAUUCCGUAAUAAACAUUUUAAUCUUACAACAAACUUGCAACUAACAUCUCGUUGAUUAAAAUAAAAUAAGAUGUUAACGAUACGCGUAAAAAUCCAAUCGGAUAUCCGAUUUGGAAUAAAUUAUAAGAAUUAAAUCUCUCGAUGCGAAAAUGUCAUUGAAUAUUAAUGAAUGCUUAUCAAGGAUCAUUGUAACUUAUUAUAAGUCAAUGACUGUUAGUAUCAAAAGAAGAACCGUUGGUUGAUUCGAUGAAAAUUGAAACAAGACAUUAAACUCAACGGGGGAUUCAACUGGAAACAGUGUUGAGAGGUAGACGUGCAAGCAAUCUUAACACAGUGCAUAUACUUUCUCUUCUGAAAAGAAGGCUGAAACCACUUAGGCAAAGCCAGUUGAAGGUGCGUUGGCUCGCACUACUAACCAUUCGGAGAACUAAAGUCAACUUUCUACCGAGAUACUUGGUUUCAAGUAACGAAUCAUCAAGCAACGUUCGAACAAACUAACUUGGUCUUCCCCAUCGCGUAGUUCAUUUCAUUUCGUAUGGUUUAGUAUAUCUAAAACGUGAGUUGGUGUGUGUGAUUCUUUUAUUAUUAUCGAGAAAACGAACACAUUUAUCUUUUAUUUUUAUAUACAUAAUUUUAUAUACAUUAUCCAUCUUGUUCGUUUUUCACGAUCAAUCUGAUCUGACAACAACUCACAUUUUCCUAAACUUCGUGGGAAAGCUCGAUAAAAUGAAGCUAUGGCAAAUACCAUAAGAACGUGGAGAGCGAGCGCACUUAUGGCGUGUCUGUUUCUCUCUUAUAACGGUUUAGCACAGGAAAAUGACGAAGAGUAUAAGGGAAAGUAUCUUGGAAGGUUGAACGCGUAUCACCAUCAGGUAUCUGGUGAGAUAUACGCUGUAGAUGAAUACACGUUGCUUCUAACUUCCUUCAGUUACGAUGGUAACGGAGCAGAUACAUUUUUCUGGGCUGGUGCAUCAAAUAGACCAGGUCCUCAAGGUUUCAUCGUACCUGACGAGUGGGGCAAGACAAAUGUACUCGGUCGUUAUCUUAACAAGGAUUUUACAUUAUCUUUACCGGACAAUAAAAAGAUAACAGAUAUUAAAUGGUUCGCCGUAUACGAUUUGGCUAGUCAGAACACGUUCGGUGAUGUUUAUAUUCCUGAAGAAUUUGAUCCACCAGCACCACAAAAGAUCUCUCAAUUAUCUAAAAGAUCUCACGAUGUAUCAUCCCAAUCGAUAGUAAUCUUGGAUUCGAAAACUAUUAGUAUACCGCAAUUCACGUAUGAUGGGAAUGGGAAUGAUACGUUUUUCUGGGUUGGUUUAGGCCCUCAACCUUCCAGUAAAGGAACCAAAGUUCCCGAUGAGUAUGGAUAUUUGGAUCCACUGCGUGCCUAUAAAAAAGAAGAUAUAAUAAUUCAAUUGCCAGGAGAGAUGACUGUCUUCAACGUAGAUUGGUUGAGCGUAUUUGACUUGAAAACUAAAUCGAAUUAUGGUUCGAUUAUUAUACCAGAUGGUCUUAACGUACCACCAUCUUUAGUUAAAGUCGUCAAACAUACUCAAUCUUUACCGAAUUGUGUUCAACUUCAUAAACGGUAUCAAAUUAGCUGGGAAAUCUUUGGUCCCCAGAUUACAAUUCAAUUAGCUGGUCAAGUUGAGGAAGACGAGUACAUGGCUUUUGGUUUAUCCGGUUCUGAAAGUUCCAGUCAAAUGGAAGGUGCAGAUGUUACCGUUGCUUAUAUGGAUGGUACUCGUGGUUAUGCCACUGAUUAUAAUAUUACCGCAAAAGCACCGUGUGGAAAAGUUCUUGGACAAUAUAAGGGUGUUUGUAAGGAUGAACUCUUAGGUGGACAAGACAGCAAUCAAAUGUAUACCGCUAUAAGAGAAAAUGGCAUCAAUAUUAUUACAUAUAGGCGAACGCUUAAUUCAUCUGAUCCAGGAGACAAAGAAUAUCCUACAGAUAGACCGGUUUAUGUAAUUUGGGCAUUGGGAAAAUUAGAUGAAAAUAAAGAACCUAAUUUUCAUGAUUUCUAUCCUAAAGGUGAUUUGAAAUUGGAAUUGAAUCGUCAGGAACCGGAGAAUACCUGUAUGGAUUUUACGGAAAAUAAUGAAAAGCUCAUUAUACCUUGGGACAAAGCAGAAAUAUUUGAUAGAAGUAUCCGAACUUUUAAAGCUACUAUUGGACCGUCUGGAGGAAAGAAGGGUUACCGAGGAAUAACAGGACAAACAUCGAUGGGAUACGCGUGGUACAUUGAAGGACAAUUAAUACCAGAAUUGUACUUACGUAGAGGAUUAACUUACAACUUCGUUAUCCAUGGUGGUAAUAAUCCUCACAGUCCUAAUUUGUAUCAUCCUUUAAUCAUUACGGAUGAACCUCACGGGGGUUACGACAGGCUCAGCGACAUUGCACAAAGCAAAGUAAGAGUAUUGGCAGGUGUUGAAUUUACGAGAAGAGGCCGACCAAGGCCAACGGCAGUGGGUCCACUUUGUUUGAGCAAACAUGACGGUAGAGACAGAAGAUUGGACGAUGACUUUCCAUCAUUCAAAAAGUUUAACAGGAGUCUUAUAUAUGUUUGCGAACCUGGCGAAGGAGGUAUUCUAGAAGUUACACCUAAUACAACGUGGCCGGAUAUUGUUUAUUAUAAUUCUUUUACACAUGCAAAUAUGGGAUGGAAAAUAUACGUCGUUGAUGCUUAUUCUCGAAGUGAAGCAAUUUUACAUAAUUUAUCGCUGACUAUUGGAAUAUUGGCUGUGUUUUUUCGUCUCUUAUAAAUGUCGAUACCAAUUCAAAAAAUUAAUCGUCCCUUUUUAUUAUUAUGCGAGAAUGAAAUAAUUUUCACAUAUUAUCGUGAAAACUUGGCAAACAGUAAUCUUUUAACAUUAUAAUGUUUUUUUUUUUUAUUUUAUUUUUUAUUUUUUAUUUAUGAUCGAAUGACUCAGGUUUAUCAUAUGAGAAUCACAUCAUCUUUCUUUUUUUUUUAUAUUUCAUCUAUGUAUUGUGUUCCUUGCUUAUUAUUAUAGUGCCAAAGGAAACCAUUUUAUAACUGCCAAAAGUAAUCCAUUUUAUAUAUUCUUCGUACAUUGUUAAUUAUUUUCAUGAAAUUGUGAUCGAAAAUAAUAAUUGAUAAGACGAUUGAUUUGAUAUAUUUAUUAAAAAAUAAGUAUCAAACAUAAUACUCAUAUGAAUAUUAAGUUUCAUAAA